AUGUCAAUAGUAACGAUAUUUGUUCAAAGUGAGAACGCGUCGUCAGAACGGCGGUUCGAUAAAGGCAUUUCGAUAAGAGAUUUGAGAGUAAAACUUGAACCUAUAACCGGGAUCUCAACAACCUCACAGCAAUUACAAUUAUAUAAUGGUGAUACCUUUGUUGCUUCUGUUGAAGGAGAUGAUUACAUGUUAGGUGCAUUCCCGGUAGAUAAUUAUAUGACUUUAAAGUUAACUCUUUGGAUAUUAGAUUCUGUACUGGCCUUUAAACAACGUAAUAAACUUGGUCGAUUUGCUGAUUCGCAAUCAAGCACAUCAGAUGCAUCUUACACAUUUGAGGAAGAAGCGAAAAAUAUUAAAGUAGGCGAUCGGUGUGAAGUGGACUUUGGCGAAUCUGGUGAAGAUGGAUUUAAGAGACGUGGAGUAGUGAGAUAUGUCGGUGAAACUAAAUUUAAAUCGGGAUAUUGGGUCGGCGUUGAAUAUGAUGAACCGGUCGGGAAACACAAUGGCACUGUCCAGGGUGAAAUUUAUUUCCAAGCUGCGCCAAACCAUGGUGCAUUCGUUCGUCCAAAUAAAGUUAAAGUUGGUGAUUAUCCAGAAGAGGAGAUUGAAGAGAUGUAA